GGGGAGGGGACGACGAGGGGCGCAGCCUAGGCCCCCCUCUUCCCGUGGGGCCGGCAGCCGCGACCCCCCGCCCGGGGCGGAAGUGACGAGCCCCGGCUGCCAAAAUGUCGGCGCCCAGAGGGAGCUAGGUGUCCGUGGGACCCGGCGGUGAUGGAGCUCUAUGGCACUGAUCUGCCUGGGGGACUGGGCACCGGCUGGGCAGAGGAGCCUGGGCAGCCCCCGGGCCGGGCGCCUGGCACCAUCGAGCGCAUGAUCCCGUGCUCGGACCCGGAGGACGGCCCCGACGGGCUGGCGCCGACCCCACUGACGGACAACGGGGCGGGCGCCCGGGUGCCCUUCCACUGCUCCGAGUGCGACAAGAGCUUCCGGUACCGCUCGGACCUGCGGCGCCACUUCGCCCGGCACACGGAACUCAAACCCUUCCAGUGCCCGCACUGCAGCAAGAGCUUCAAGCACUCCUUCAACCUGGUCAACCACAUCCGCAGCCACACCGGCGAACGCCCCUACCGCUGCACCGUCUGCCCCAAGGGCUUCCGCGACUCCACCGGCCUGCUCCACCACCAGGUGGUGCACACGGGCGAGAAACCCUACUGCUGCCACGUCUGCGAGCUCCGCUUCUCCUCCCGCAGCAGCCUGGGCCGGCACCUUAAACGCCAGCACCGCCCUCCCCCUGGAGGGGGCGCCCCCGAGCCGCCCAGCGCCACCCGCUGCCUGGAGCGCCUGUGCGGCCAGGGGCGGGCGGCCCCCUAUGGCUGCGGGGCCUGCGGGCGCCACUUCCGGCUGGCGCCCGAGCUGGGGAGGCACUGGCUGGCUCACACCGACAUCAAACCCUUCAAGUGCCCCGACUGCGAGCGGGACUUCAACGCCCCCUCCCUGCUGGAGCGCCACAAACUCACCCACGCCAAGGACCGGCCGCUGCUCCUGCCCUGCCAAGGCUGCGCGGGCAAGGGGGCCCCGGGGCAGCAGGCGCCGCAGGGGCCGGGCUGCCCGGCCUGCAAGCCCCAGGACACCCGCCCCCUGGACAGCCUGUACCAGUGCGAGUGUGGCACCUUCUUUGCCAACGCCGGCGCCCUGGCCGCUCACCUGGCGGCCCACACGGGCGAGGCCUCCUUCGCCUGCGGCAUCUGCGGCAUGAGCUUCGGGGCCCUGUCGCCCCUGGAGGCCCACCAGCUGAGCCACGCCAUGCUGCUGCCCCCGGAGGGCGCCCCUCAGCCCGUGGCGGCGGGGCCUGUGCCGCCGGCCGGCGGGGAGCUGGAGCGCCACCUGCUGCCCCGGCUGGAGCUGCGGGCUUUCCCCGCCCGGCCCGGCAAGAAGCUGUACAAGUGCACGGAAUGCGAGAAGUUCUUCCGCAGCCCGCGGGACCUGGACCGGCACGUGCUGGUGCACACGGGCGAGAAACCCUACCAGUGCACCGAGUGCGGCAAGUUCUUCCGGCACGAGUGCUACCUGAAACGGCACCGGCUGCUCCACAGUGGGGAGCGCCCCUUCCAGUGCAGCGUCUGCCACAAGGGUUUCAUCACCUUCAGCAACCUCUCCCGCCACCUCAAACUGCACCGUGGCAUCGACUAGCUGGGCGGGGCCCCUGGCAGCCCCGGCCGGCCUGCGCGUCCUGCCUCCCACCUCUGGCUCUCCCUGCUGGCGUAGCCACGGGCCGGCGUGUUCUGCUCGGGUGCCCUCUCGGUGCUGGGCUGCGCACAUAGGUUUGUAAUUGCAGUGUAUUGUAGGGUCACUCAUGAG